AUGACCAACCUCCUCUCUCUGCGGCUUGACUUCUACGUUUACACACCCAGCCCCGAGUUCAUAUCCCAAGUCUAUAUCGGCGCGAUCUCACCAUCGUUGGUGCACUUUCAAUGCAAUGACACACCGGCUGUCCCCUCCAUCUUCGAGUUUCUGCGCUCCCAUUCGAAUCUUUCGGUAUUGCACCUAGGGAGCGUAUAUGCCAGGAGACAGUUACAAAACGGCCAAAAUGAAACUCAAUACCGAUUCGAGUCUAUCUCCCCACAAAUUCUACUCCCCAAUCUCACGUUCCUCGAGUUGAACGUCGAUUCUGAAGUGCUCACUUUCAGCACCGAGUUGCUGCUUCGAGUGUCUACCCAUCUCGAGCGGCUAUCAAUCGCCCACUCCGAUGUUUCGUCGAGGCAACUGAACGAUUCGGUACUGAAUCAUCUCAACGCCCUCUACCACGUCUGCAGCGCCAGACUCACCCACCUCAUCAUCGAAGACACGCCACACCGAUGUCCCCAGUCCUUUUCCUGGAUCAUCUCUAACGUUCUGCCUAAGCUACCACACCUUCGUAUUCUCGAGCUCCGCCAAGGUCAACGCAGAGACCGUACACAUUUUAGCAGCUACAUACAACAAGCCAUCCGAACUGACUCUCUCGCGUCGGAAGAUCCAGACGUCAUAUCGGUGUUUCCGACGAAAUUGGAGAAGUUGAGAUGGGUCGGUGCAGACGCAUUCUUUCCUACGGUGCGAAGCGAUCUUUCGCCACUUGGAGCAUCGAACGCAAAUGUGCUCCUCGAGCUCUUUCCGUCGUUGAAGGUGGUGGAAUAUCACGAGAGGGGGUAUAUGUUCAUUUUCAGGAGGUUGGACGGUGGUGUGGUCGUGCGUCAGAGCGUGAGGAGCACCGUUCCCCUUGACGCGGAUCACUUCCCAUGGAGCUAG